UGAGAAUUACAUAACACCACGCAUCCUCAUUGCCUACCACAGCUUAUCAUGCCUUUUCCCACUUCCACAAAUACAUAAUUUCUUCAUUCUUCCCACAACCUUUGUAGCUCCAAAUUUUAUAUAUCUAGCCCCCUCUCAACAUAAGCCUUUUGAUUCCUCAAACUUCUCCAAUGUCUUCCCUAACCCAACACAAGUACCUACCGAGUUUUCACCACCAAGUUUGUACAAAGGGCAAAUUCGUCCACCGUAUUCGCGUCUAUUGCUCCACCAACACCACAACUACUAGUACUGCCGUGAAGUCCAAGACCAAUGUCAAUCAAUUGAUCAUUGAGCCCAAACUUGCAAAACCGCCAAUUAAGGUGGUAACUGACGCUAACCAUCCAAGGGAUAGUGACACAAGUUUGCAAUCAACAUGGUCUCAUCGCGCAUGGGUGGCGGUUGGAUGCACAACUUUGCUCAUUUCUUUGGGCGAGUCCAUAAAGGGUUCAGUGGAUACGAAUAUGUGGGUUGAGCCUAUUUUGGCAGGAUGGGUCGGUUACAUCUUAGCUGAUCUCGGGUCCGGGGUUUACCAUUGGAGCAUCGAUAAUUAUGGGGACGAGUCAACCCCAUUAGUUGGAGCCCAAAUUGAAGCUUUCCAAGGCCAUCAUAAGUGGCCAUGGACCAUAACUAGGCGCCAAUUUGCUAACAAUUUGCACGCACUCGCACGUAUGGUGACUUUUGUAGUACUUCCUAUAGAUCUUGUUUUCCAUGACCCUAUAUUUCAAAGUUUUGUUGCGGUGUGCGCUGGUUGCAUUAUGUUUAGCCAACAAUUUCAUGCAUGGGCUCAUGGGACAAAGAGUCGGCUUCCACCGCUCGUGGUGGCUUUACAAGAGAGCGGAGUGCUCGUGUCACGGUCACAACAUUCAGCGCACCAUCGACCACCGUAUAACAAUAAUUAUUGCAUAGUAAGUGGAGUGUGGAAUGAGGUUUUGGAUAAAAGUAAAUUUUUUGAAGCUAUGGAAAUGAUAUUGUAUUUCAAACUUGGGGUUAGGCCAAGGUCAUGGAGUGAGCCUGCUUCUGAGUGGAUAGAGGAGAUUGAGAUUGCUUCUCAAAGCCAAGUCCAAUGACCCUUCUUUCUUCUAUUUUCCUUGUUAAAAUAUUUAUGUGGAUAACUGCAUAUAUGAUUGUUAUCUCCCUAUGUUCUUUAAACAAAAUUAAAUUUAAUAUAUAUUUUAUUAUUUUAGUCUCAAAAUAGCAUUGUUCUGUGUAUACUUAUAUCAUAGUUCAUACAUCUCAUAAUUGUGCCCUAGUUUUAGAUUAUGGUAAACGGUGAAUGCUACUGUGGUAAAAUGUGUGUAUGUUUCACAAAGAGAGCAUGACAAAAUCAAUAAAAGUGAACUUUUCCAUACAA